UUAAGCGGCUUAGCUACGUCAGCCUAAGCUGGGAGGAAUUCAUCCAAAGCCCUCCGCGGUAGGCGGGGGCCUAAACGAGGCUGGCCUAGUUAAGCCUGAUUCUUAUUGUGUGCAGCACAGCUUGUUUUUGUUGUGCAACGUAGCUGAGAGGGAACCCAGGAGUAGUGUGUGGAUCCAUGCACUUGGUAGUCAGAGCUUGUGUGUGGUUCAGGGGAGAAGAGGAGAGCAGAGAAGUCACAUGAGACAUGUCUGAGAGUUUAGGCUGGUUUUAGUGUGUCACCGUGGACCAAGAGAGGAGAGCAAGCAGGGAAAGGUGGGGAGGGCGAGGAGCCACAGAGCUGAGUGGUCACUGAGGGGUGACAAGCCACAGGCCUGACUUGGUCUGUGUGAGCUGGCUAUGCUUCAAGAUGGAGAGCAGUCCUAUAUUUCUGCCCAGCAUGGUAGGUAAAGCUCGCUCUUCCAACUUCACCCUCUCCGAGAAGCUGGACCUGUUGAAGCUGGUUCAGCCUCACAUCCGCAUCCUGGAGGAGCACACCAACAAGCAUGCGGUCAUUGUGGACAAGAACAAGUGCUGGGACACGGUGGCCGAGCAGUACAACGCCCUGGGAGGGGACAGGCCCCACCGCACCGCUCAGGGCCUGAGGACCCUCUACAAGAGGCUGAAGGAGACGGCCAAGCAGGAAGUGAUGCUUCGGAGACACGCCCAGCCAGAGUACAGAGCCAGCAUCUCUGAGCCAACCAGGAGAAUUAUGGAGAUGAUCCCUCACCUGUUUCACCACGUGCCCUUCCACGACAAGGACCAGGCUCUGCGCAGAUUAAUAUACAGCAAGCACAACUCCCCCACUGAGACUCCUGGCAGCAGCUCCUCUCUGGCAGGACUCCAGGAUUACUCAGCAGCUGUCCCAAGUAUCCCCCACAAGGUGGUCCAGCUGGACCCCGAGGAGGACGUCAAACCACCACCGGACCUCCCCAUCCUCUCCUCGCACUCAGGACAGGCCGUGGACGGAGGCCAGGAGCGAGAGGAGGAGCAGGACUUGGGCAGCGUCCAUGAUUACGAAACGUCUCUGUCUCCCACUCCUUCCUCCGUCAACAUACUCCUCUCAACCUCGCCGCUGCCCAUUCGCCACAACCUCUACCCCAAUGACAUCCAGCCUCACCACGAGCUGGACAAGCCUCUGCACCUGGCUAAAGAGGAGCUGGAGCUGGUGUUGGCCAAUCACAGGAAAGUUGCCCUGUACCUGGAGGAGAAAAGACAAGGGCUGAAGAGGAAGCAAGAACUGGAGGAGGAACUUCUGCGGGCCAAGAUUAAAGUAGAGAAACUGAAGGCGGCUCGUCUUAUGCACGGCCUGCCUCUAUAACAGUAUAAACACACACAUCUGUGGCCAAUGUUGGAAAGGGAGAGGCUCUGAGGAGUUCAAAGUAUGUCAAAAUAAGCUGUGGAGCAAUCACGCUUAUCAGUUUAAUGUGUGAUUACAAAUGUCAGAUCUUGAUUUACUUCUGGAAAUACAGUGCCUCGUUCAGAUUACCAAUAACCCGUUUGCUUGUAGCAGGAUAAUGCAGACCUAUGCUGCCAUCAGACUCUUCUUUAAGCUUUACUGUUAAUAAUGCAUCAUCAUUCCAGUGUGUUCUGGUAGCAGUUGUGACAAAGCUGGUAGAAACUUACAUUAGUAACACUGUGAUAGGCCCACAGGGGUAGAACAAAUGUGAAAGUCCAAGUUUUGGAAGGGAAUGUACGUGGUGUUGACUGACAUGUACCUUGCUGGUGCGUUCUCUAGAAACCAGAAUGCUACAAUAGGACCAUUACAAUAGUGUGAAAGGUCUUUAUUAUUGAACAGAGCUGAAAAAUACAACACACAUUUAUUGUAAUGACCGGUAAGUGUUCUGAAAAAAAAAACCCACCCAAUUUUAAAUGUUCAGAAAAAAAAAUGUGAUCAGUUCAGCUGACAUUCCUCUUACAUUUCUACAUUUCUUACAGUCAGUCAGCCUUUAUUUAUUACAUUUUAUGGCAUUUAUUUUUUUCACUUCAACAGAAAUUAACAAGAUUUGAGUGCAAGUUCAGUUUUUUAAAAGCCUUAAUUUUUGUUCUGUUUUCAUAAGAGCAAUUAUUUUAUUUUUUUUCCAAAACAAGGUUAAAUAAAAUUCAGGAAUUCUUCAAGUUGUUGAGUUUUUGGUCAGUUUGAUGAACACAAGAAGGGUGAAUGUUGUGUGUGUUUUUGAUGUUAUUGCUAUUUAAUGUAUGUGAGUGCAAUACUGAUUGUAUUGUUGAUUGACAAGUGUUGUCAGUUUGUUUCCAGUUUGUUUACAUGUUUGCUCAUUUUUAAUAAA